CUCCGGAGGCGCGCGCCCCAAGCCCGGGAGGCAUGCUGAAGCCAGGCAGCCGGCAGCAUGAGUGUGAAAGAGGCGGGCAGCUGCGGCCGCCGGGAGCAGGCGGCCUACCACCUGCGCAUCUACCCCCAGCUGUCCACCGAGAGCCAGGCCUCAUGCCGCGUGACCGCCACCAAGGACAGCACCACGUCCGACGUCAUCAGGGACGCCGUCGCCAUGCUGCGCCUGGACGGCACCAAGCGCUACGUGCUGGCGGAGGUCAAGGAGCCGGGCGGCGAGGAGUGGGUGCUGGACGCCAGCGACUCGCCGGUGCACCGCGUGCUGCUGUGGCCCCGGCGGGCGCAGGACGAGCACCCGCAGGAGGACGGCUACUACUUCCUGCUGCAGGAGCGCAACGCGGACGGCACCAUCAAGUACGUGCACAUGCAGCUGGUGGCCCAGGCCACGGCCACCCGGCGCCUGGUGGAGCGCGGCCUCCUGCCGCGGCAGCAGGCGGACUUUGACGACCUGUGCAACCUCCCCAAGCUGACCGAGGACAACCUCCUGAAGAACCUGAAGCACCGCUUCCUGCAGCAGAAGAUCUACACGUACGCGGGCAGCAUCCUGGUGGCCGUCAACCCCUUCAAGUUCCUCCCCAUCUACAACCCCAAGUACGUGAAGAUGUACGAGAACCAGCAGCUGGGCAAGCUGGAGCCGCACGUGUUCGCGCUGGCCGACGUGGCCUACUACGCCAUGCUGCGCAAGCGCGUGAACCAGUGCAUCGUGAUCUCGGGCGAGAGCGGCUCGGGCAAGACCCAGAGCACCAACUUCCUCAUCCACUGCCUCACGGCGCUCAGCCAGAAGGGCUACGCCAGCGGCGUCGAGAGGACCAUCCUGGGCGCCGGGCCCGUGCUGGAGGCUUUCGGGAACGCCAAGACAGCUCACAACAACAACUCCAGCCGAUUCGGGAAGUUCAUCCAGGUCAACUACCUGGAGAGCGGCAUCGUGCGAGGAGCUGUCGUCGAAAAAUAUCUGCUUAAAGUUCGCGUGGUUCCAGGAGAAGAUGAAAGGAACUACCACGUGUUUUAUUAUUUGCUACUUGGUGUCAGCGAGGAUGAGCGCCAAGAAUUUCAGCUCAAGCAGCCUGAAGAUUAUUUCUACCUCAACCAGCAUAACUUGAAGAUCGAAGAUGGGGAAGACCUGAAGCACGACUUCGAGAGACUCAAGCAGGCCAUGGAGAUGGUGGGCUUCCUCCCUGCCACCAAGAAGCAGAUUUUUUCCGUCCUCUCAGCCAUCCUGUACCUGGGCAACGUCACGUAUAAGAAGAGAGCCACAGGCCGAGAGGAGGGCCUGGAGGUCGGCCCCCCCGAGGUGCUGGACACACUGUCCCAGCUUCUGAAGGUGAAGCGAGAAAUCUUGGUGGAAGUUCUGACCAAAAGAAAAACAGUGACCGUCAAUGACAAGCUCAUCCUUCCCUACAGCCUCAGCGAGGCCAUAACCGCGAGAGACUCCAUGGCCAAGUCUCUGUACAGCGCCCUGUUCGACUGGAUCGUGCUGCGGAUCAACCAUGCCCUCCUCAACAAGAAGGACAUGGAAGAGGCGGUCUCAUGCCUGUCCAUCGGCGUCCUCGACAUCUUUGGGUUUGAAGACUUCGAGAGGAACAGCUUUGAGCAGUUCUGCAUCAACUAUGCCAAUGAGCAACUACAGUAUUACUUCAAUCAGCACAUCUUCAAACUGGAGCAGGAGGAGUACCAGGACGAGGGCAUCACGUGGCACAACAUCGACUACGCAGACAACGUGGGCUGCAUCCAUCUCAUCAGCAAGAAGCCCACGGGCCUCUUCUACCUGCUGGACGAGGAGAGCAACUUCCCCCACGCCACGAGCCAGACCCUGCUGGCCAAGUUCAAGCAGCAGCACGAGGACAACAAGUACUUCCUCGGCACCCCGGUCAUGGAGCCGGCCUUCAUCAUCCAGCACUUCGCGGGGAAAGUGAAGUAUCAGAUCAAGGACUUCCGGGAGAAGAACAUGGACUACAUGCGGCCCGACAUCGUGGCCCUGCUGCGGGGCAGCGACAGCUCGUACGUGCGCGAGCUCAUCGGCAUGGACCCCGUGGCCGUGUUCCGCUGGGCCGUGCUCCGCGCCGCCAUCCGUGCCAUGGCCGUGCUCCGGGAGGCCGGGCGCGAGAGGGCCGAGAGGGCGGAGAAGGCCACAGGUAUGAGCAGCCCUAGUGGCCGAGGUCACCCAGGAGAGCUGCCAAGAGGAGCCAACACCCCUUCGGAAAAACUUUACCGCGAUUUGCAUAACCAAAUCAUCAGGAGCAUCAAAGGACUGCCCUGGCAGGGCGAGGACCCCCGUAGGCUCCUGCAGUCCCUCAGUCGGCUCCAGAAGCCCCGCGCCUUCAUCCUGAAAAGUAAAGGUAUCAAACAAAAGCAGAUCAUUCCAAAGAACCUGCUGGACUCCAAGUCCCUGAAACUGAUCAUCAGCAUGACGCUGCACGACCGGACCACCAAGUCCCUGCUGCACCUGCACAAAAAGAAGAAGCCGCCGAGCAUCAGUGCCCAGUUCCAGACGUCUCUGAACAAGCUCCUGGAGGCGCUGGGGCAGGCGGAGCCCUUCUUCAUCCGCUGCAUCCGCUCCAACGCCGAGAAGAAGGAGCUGUGCUUCGACGACGAGCUGGUGCUGCAGCAGCUGCGCUACACGGGCAUGCUGGAGACCGUGCGCAUCCGCAGGUCCGGCUACAGCGCCAAGUACACGUUCCAGGAUUUCACGGAGCAGUUCCAGGUGCUGCUGCCCAAGAGCGCGCGGCCCUGCCGGGAGGCCAUCUCCGCCUUGCUGGAGAAGAUGGGCGUGGACAAGAGGAACUUCCAGAUCGGGAAGACCAAGGUCUUCCUGAAGGAGACAGAGCGGCAGGCCCUGCAGGCGACGCUGCACCAGGAGGUCGUGCGGAAGAUCCUGCUCCUGCAGAACUGGUUCCGGAUGGCGCUGGAGCGGCGGCGCUUCCUGCAGAUGAGGCGGGCGGCGGUCACCGUCCAGGCGCACUGGCGGUCCUACCGGGUCCGGCGGGCGCUGGAGAGGACGCAGGCGGCCGUGUACCUCCAGGCCGUGGUGCCGCAGCGCGGCUUACCGCCAAGCGGCUGGCCUAACCGGCGGCCGCAGAGACAGGGCAUCAUCCGCCUGCAGAGCCUCUGCCGGGGCCACCUUCCGCGCAAGAGCUUCAGCCAGAUGGUCUCGGAGAAGCGGGAGGCAGAAGAGGACAGGGAGGCCCAGCAAGCCGCGGUGGCAGAGGCCGAGGAGGCCGGGCCAGGCCAGGCCCCCGGCAGGGAGCUGGUGGCCGAGCAGGCCCCGGAGCCCUCGGAGGACAGCCGGCACCCGGUGUUGGAGUCGCAGGCGUUGCCGAGCGAUGUGUCCCCAGCGGAGCCGUCCACACCUGACAAGAAGGCCCCGAGUCUAGCGAAGGCUCUCCCGCCCCAGAAGACCGUGACGGCCGAAAGUCACGAGAGAGUCCCCAGCAGCCGGGAGAAGCGAGAGUCGCGCCGGCAAAGGGGGCUGGAGCAUGUGAAGCUCCAGAACAAGCACAUCCAGUCCUGUAAGGAAGACAGCGCUCUCAGAGAACCUUCUGGAAGGACCAUCCAGGAGCAAGGCAAGGGCCUCCCGGAAGACAAAAAGGAGAGCAGAGAAGACGAAAGUCCUCCAGACGCAGAGGCAGAGACGGAGGACGAUGCUCGAAAGCAGCCCGUGGAGAGACCCCAGGCCACCCCAGUCAUCGGGGUCUCCCUGGAAACCAAGGAGGCGCCCGACGGGGGGAACCUGAGGCCCGGCCAUGUGGACCGGCCGACCAGCCUAGCCUUAGACAGCAGGGCGGGCCCGCUAGCCCCCGGCGGCACCCCGGAGACCCCCAAGGACGAGAACAAACCACGCAGCAGCCCGAGAGCUCGGGACAAGCCCGAGAGCCCCGGAGGCUCCACCCAGAUCCAGCGGUGCACGGACGUGGAGCGGCUGGCCCACGCCGUGGAGCUGUGGCGUGGCAAGAAGCUGCUGGCGGCCGCCGGCACUGGCGGUGGCACCAUGCUCAGCCAGUCCCUGGACCUCAGCGAGAGGCACCGCGCCACCGGGGCCGCGCUCACGCCCACAGAGGAAAGGCGCCUGUCCUUAUCCACGAGUGAUGUCUCCAAGCUCCUCCCGUCCCCAGCCAAGGCUCAGCCCUCGGCGGAAGCCACUGACAGGGAGCCCAGCCCGAAGAAGCCGGCCGUCCAGAAGAAGAAGUCGGGCGAGGUGUCCUCCGGCCCCGAUGCCGGGCUGUCCCCAGGCUCCCAAGUGGACUCUAAAUCCACAUUUAAGAGACUUUUCCUGCAUAAAACCAAGGACAAAAAGUACAGCCUGGAGGGCGUGGAGGAAACGGAGAACGCAGUUGCCGGGGUCCUGCUGGAGGCCACCCUCGUGAAGAAGGGUCCGGAAGUGCCCUCCGGCCACCAGCACCGCUCCGCAGCAGGUGAGAAGCACGCCAAGGAGCCGGGAGGCAAAGGGAAGAAGAACCGAAACCUCAAGGUCGGCAAAAUCACGGUGUCCGAGAAGUGGCGAGAGUCGGUGUUCCGCAAGAUCACCAACGCCAACGAGCUCAAGUACCUGGACGAGUUCCUGCUCAACAAGAUAAAUGACCUACGCUCCCAGAAGACUCCCAUCGAGAGCUUAUUUAUCGAAGCCACCGAGAAGUUCAGGAGCAACAUCAAAACCAUGUACUCCGUGCCCAACGGGAAGAUCCACGUGGGCUACAAGGACCUCAUGGAGAACUACCAGAUUGUCGUCAGCAACCUGGCCACCGAGCGCGGCGAGAAGGACACCAACCUGGUCCUCAACCUCUUCCAGUCGCUGCUGGACGAGUUCACCCGCAGCUACAGCAAGAACGACUUCGAGCCCGCGAAGCAGAGCAAAGCUCAGAAGAAGAAGCGGAAGCAAGAGCGUGCUGUCCAGGAGCACAACGGCCACGUGUUCGCCAGCUACCAGGUGAGCAUCCCGCAGUCUUGCGAGCACUGCCUCUCCUACAUCUGGCUCAUGGACAAGGCCCUGCUCUGCAGCGUGUGCAAGAUGACCUGCCACAAGAAGUGUGUGCACAAGAUCCAGAGCUACUGCGCCUACAUGUGCGGGAGGAAGGGCGAGUCGGGUGCGGAGCCCGGCCACUUCGGCGUGUGCGUGGACAGCCUGACCAACGACAAGGUCUCCGUGCCCAUCGUGCUGGAGAAGCUUCUGGAACACGUGGAGAUGCACGGCCUGUACACUGAGGGCCUCUACCGCAAGUCGGGUGCGGCCAACCGCACUCGGGAGCUCCGGCAGGCACUGCAGACAGACCCGGCGGCGGUGAAGCUGGAGGACUUCCCCAUCCACGCCAUCACCGGCGUGCUGAAGCAGUGGCUGCGCGAGCUGCCGGAGCCCCUCAUGACGUUCGCCCAGUACAGCGACUUCCUCCGAGCCGUCGAGCUGCCCGAGAAGCAGGAGCAGCUGGCCGCUAUCUACGCUGUCCUGGAGCACCUCCCGGAAGCCAACCACAACUCCCUGGAGCGGCUGGUCUUCCACCUUGUCAAGGUGGCCCUGCUCGAGGAUGUGAACCGCAUGUCACCCGGGGCGCUGGCCAUCGUCUUUGCACCCUGCCUCCUGCGCUGCCCUGACAACGCAGACCCGCUGACCAGCAUGAAGGACGUGCUCAAGAUCACCACGUGCGUGGAGAUGCUGAUCAAGGAGCAGAUGCGGAAGUACAGAGUGAAGAUGGAGGAGAUCAGCCAGCUGGAGGCGGCAGAGAGCAUCGCCUUCCGCCGGCUCUCGCUGCUGCGACAAAAUGCUCCUUGGCCUCUCAAACUGGGGUUUUCGUCUCCCCAUGAGGGGGUCCUGAACAAGAGCCCCAAGGCCCGGGCGAGCCAGGGCAGUGGCCUGGAGGAGCUGGAGGUGCUGCCGGAGGAGGAGGCGGCCGGCGGAGAAGAGGACCGGGAGAAGGAGAUCCUCAUCGAGCGGAUCCAGUCCAUCAAGGAGGAGAAGGAGGACAUCACUUACCGGCUGCCAGAGCUGGACCCCAGGGGCUCGGACGAGGAGAACCUGGACUCGGAGACGUCCGCCAGCACCGAGAGCCUGCUAGAGGAGCGGGCAGCGCGGGGGGCCGCGGAAGGGCCCCCUGUGCCUGCUCUCCCCUGCCCCAGCGCGUCCGCCCCGAGCCCCCUCCCCACGGCGGGCGCCCCUCCACCACGAAGGCCUUCGUCCUUCGUCACGGUCAGAGUGAAGAUGCCCCGGCGGACCCCCAUCAUGCCCACAGCCAACAUCAAGCUCCCGCCGGGCCUGCCCUCCCAGCUGCCCGGCUGGGCACCAGGUGCCCGGGCGGCCGCUGCCUCCGUGAGGCGCCGAGAACCGCCCGCCCGCCGCCCGGACCAGGUGCACUCCGUGUACGUCACGCCGGGGGCAGACCUGCCCGUGCAGGUGUCUCUGGAGCCCCUGGACGAGGCCGGCCGGCCGCCUGGGGCCAAGCGGAGGUACUCGGACCCCCCAACGUACUGCCUGCCCCCCGCCUCCGGCCCGGCCAACGGCUGAAGUCCCCGGCCGCCACGGCCUCCACAUCCAAGGCAAGUCCCCGGCUGCUGCCGCAAAGUGAGCGUGCGGCUCUCAGAGAAGCGUCCAGGGUGGAAAGCUCCAAGCGCCCCUGAGGUGGACACCGGCUCCAAGUGCAGAGGCAAGGCGGGGCGAGGCCGGCGCGGCUGUGGCCCCCACGUCACAGGCCCCCCAGAAGCAGCAGACCUCGGCGGGCAGCCUGUCACCUCCUCCCUUACUUUUUGUACGUUUCUCGGUAACUGUUUCUCUGUGACGUGGUUUACAUAACUUUAAACUGUUAACAGCCUUAACGGAAGACCAAAUCGUUUUUUAUAUGUGUAUGUACAAACUUUUCCAUUAACGCUGUGCGUCCCCCUUGCAAUCUGGACGUGAGUCGGCAGAGCAGAGGCCACUCGGCGGCUGCGCUUCUAGGCCUCAGACUCGUGCUGCAGUCGACAUGGGGGUGGUCAGUGUGCCUGGACCCUCCACGAGGGUUUCAGACACUCGGGCGUCAGGCCACCGCAGGUCUGUCUCCCACACGUGUCUCCCGUGGGCAGCCACCUUGCCCGCGUGAAUCCCAGGGAACGCUGGCGCCUUCCACGGGGGUGGAGCUGUGGCCUGGAGCCUGGACAUGAGUCGGGGGCGGCCUCCACCCCAGGGUACACAGACCUCAAGUGCCAGGGAGACCUGAAUGUGGCCAUCACUCCUCUGGACUCCGCAGCUGCAGAAGGCUGCCCUUGGCUCUGUGCACCCCAGGUGACAGUACAAGAGCCAGUGACUCAGGACUGCUCACAGGUGGAGAGGACAAGGCCUGAAGUCAGACGUCCCUACAGGUCAGCAGUGACAGCCUGGGGCUCUCUGGGAUGCGGCCCUUCUCUCUCAGGCCCAGCCCACUCCCCGGACACUUGGACACGCGGCCACGGGUUUGGGACGGGGGCACCCUGCACAACGUGUGAAAUAAAGAAAAAGUGCUUGAGACA